UUCCAGCCUCUAGAACUGAAUUUGUAGGGGGGCCCUUGGGAGCCUGCCCUGGAAGACGAUUUGCAUGUCUUUGGAUGCGCGGCAUUUAGCGUCAGCCCCGGCCUCGCCACACAUCUGCCUACAGUGAGCUUGUGCAUCAUGACACCAUUCUCCUUUCAAGCUGUGCUCCUUCUUCAUCUGGGCUGCUGGCCCCUAUCGCGGUUUGCUUGAGCCUGGGUAAGUGGAUUUAAGGAUUUGGUGAUAUGUAUCCAAGGUCAGCAAAUGAUGGCCAGCCAUCUAUUUUUGUAAAUAAAGUUUUAUUGGAACACAGCCAUGCUCAUUCUUUUACACCUUGCCUAUGGCUGCUUUCACAGCCCAACUGCAAAGAAGAGUGGUUGCUGCAGAGACCAUCUGGCCUGCAAAGCUGAAAAUAUUUACUAUCUGGCUCUUUACCAAAAGAGUUUGCCAGCCUCUGUGAUAGAUUUAGGUCAGCUAACUUUCACAAAGUGGAUAUGAGGACUAAAAAGACUACUACAAAAAAUAAGUAAGAAAGUAAACAAAUAACUCCACCAUGGAUUGUCAAUAAUAUUAACAUUGCUAUACAAAAGGACAACAAGAAAAAGGCAGGGCUGUUUUUCUCCUGCCUAUACAGCACAGUAAGAAUCCUCUAAUUAGGUCUGUCAAGAAGUUGGGGGUGGGCAGACAAGAAAAUGGAUGGAAAGAAAGAUAGAUAAGAGAGAGAGAGAGAGAGAGAGAGAGGAGAGAGAGAGGAAUUGUGGCUACAGGUUACAUGUCUAAUUUAAAAAAAAAUGCUAGAGUGCAUUUCCCCCCUUUCAUUAUCAUGUAUUUAGCACUUUUUAUGGCCAAACACUGUUCUUAGGGGGCAGGCACUAUAAAAACAUCCCCAUUUUAUAGAAGAGGAAACUAAGGCACAGAGAGGCUAAGUAAUCUGCCCAAAGUCGCACAGCUAGUAGGUGGUGGGCAGGACUUGAAUCCAAGCAGUUCGACUCCAGAGUGAAUUGUCUUAAACGCUACAUGAAAUCGUUUCUUAAUUAGAAAACAUAGACAGAAACAAACCCCACAACGUUUGGAAAGCACUACCUUAGUGGGUAGCCCUUUGGGGAAGGCUUGGCAUCCCAGCUGGUGGCCCUUAUUCCAAACCUUGGUGCACGGUGAAAGAAUUUGUAGACCACUCCUUUAAAGGAACUUUGAGUUUUUAAUUUUGAGCCUCGUGCCCAGGAUGAAUCCAGCAAAUGUAGAAAGUAGCAGUGAAAUAGGAGCUCAGGUGUGGGGGCCCAUGGGGCAUCUCCUGAGAAUUUAGUGACUUGAGAAGGACUGGUUAGCAGGUGUCACAGCCCUGAGCACCCAAGACAGCUGAGAGCUCAGGCCCCUAGGGGAGGGAGGCUAAAGACCACUGGCAUGGCUCUCGGUGGAGAUUUGGCAUCCUUUCCUGUCUACCCCCUCCUUAGGCCUCAGCUUUUUCAUCUGUAAAAUGAGGGAGCUCAGCUAGAUGGUCUGUAGGAGCUCUUUGUGGGUUAAAACGAUUCUGAUUUCAUAUUUAAUGAAAUGGAGAAAAUAUUAAUGUCAUAUUAAUUUAUGGGGGAGAAACCCUUUAUAUGACAUGCAAUUUAAAAAAAUGUAGCAGAAGGAAGGUAUUUGUCCUCCCUCUUCCUUCUUCUGCUACUGGGGAGGUCUUUUAGCAAAAGAAUUUACUAGGAUUCUCUGUCAGGCGGGAGCUCUAUUCCAAGGGGUGGAAACACUGUCAUCAUUCUUCUGGAGCCAGGGAUACCCCCAGGAGGAUGGGCAAAGGGUUCUCAGCAGCUUUAACUGAAAAGAGUUGAGUAGGGACCCUGAGGGUGGAGAGAGAAACAGGAAAGGAUACGAGACCAUUCAAGGUAGACUGUGUGUGGACUACAUCGCAACCCCAUGAGAACAGGAAAAGAGUAUUUAGAAGCAUCCUCUGCGCAUAGAAAUGUGUUCAUGAGCAAGACAGAGUUCUGCUAAUGGCCCGUGUCCUUCCAGGUCUCGAAGACAUGACAACAUGUUCUAUGGCAUUUAAAAAGAUGGCUGCCACGUGAACCCUAUUGGUCUCUGCCUGGUUGGAUUCUUCUGGGUGACCUUUCUUUUCCUUCAUUGUGCUUUUCUAUACUUUCUAAUUUUUCUGCAAUAGAAGGACCUGCAACCUCUGAGACACCAGAGCAGAUGGUUUGCUGAAAGAGGGCCCGAGGGUUUGUAGCAGGAACUGUGUCAUUUGACGGGUACACUGCAAGCCUGAGCUCUCCAUCUGCUUUGGCAGAGUGGGAUCUUUGGACCCAGACUCUUCCCAUUCACAGAGAGAAGGGGAAGACCGCUGCCUUCCUGAGAAUUUGUAGAAGCUCAGGAAAAAGAUGAACUGGCCCUAUUCCUGCAUCUCCUUUUGCUGGAUUUACUUGGCUGUCUCCAGACUGAGAGCUGUAGAAGCAGCAGAUGGAAAAUAUGCUCAGAAGUUGUUUAAUGACCUUUUUGAAGAUUAUUACAAUGCUCUUCGUCCAGUGGAAGAUACAGAUAAAGUCCUGAAUGUCACCCUGCAAAUUACACUUUCUCAGAUUAAGGACAUGGACGAAAGAAACCAGAUUCUGACUGCCUAUUUAUGGAUCCGCCAAAUCUGGCAUGAUGCGUAUCUCACGUGGGAUCGAGACCAGUAUGAUGGACUGGACUCCAUCAGGAUCCCCAGUGACCUGGUGUGGAGGCCUGAUAUUGUCCUAUAUAAUAAGGCUGAUGAUGAAUCUUCUGAGCCUGUGAACACCAAUGUGGUCUUGCGCUAUGAUGGGCUGAUCACCUGGGAUGCACCAGCCAUCACCAAAAGCUCCUGUGUGGUGGAUGUCACAUAUUUCCCUUUUGAUAACCAGCAGUGCAACCUGACCUUUGGUUCCUGGACCUACAAUGGCAACCAGGUGGACAUAGUCAAUGCCCUAGACAGUGGCGACCUCUCCGACUUCAUCGAAGAUGUGGAGUGGGAGGUCCAUGGCAUGCCCGCUGUGAAGAAUGUUAUCUCCUAUGGCUGCUGUUCUGAGCCUUACCCUGAUGUGACAUUCACUCUCCUUCUGAAGAGGAGGUCCUCCUUCUAUAUCGUCAACCUCCUCAUCCCAUGUGUCCUCAUCUCUUUUCUGGCCCCCUUGAGUUUUUAUCUCCCAGCAGCAUCUGGGGAAAAGGUCUCCUUGGGAGUGACCAUCCUGUUGGCCAUGACUGUAUUUCAGCUUAUGGUGGCAGAGAUCAUGCCGGCCUCAGAAAAUGUCCCACUGAUAGGCAAAUACUACAUAGCCACAAUGGCCUUGAUCACAGCCUCCACCGCCUUGACCAUUAUGGUGAUGAACAUCCACUUCUGUGGGGCUGAGGCCCGGCCGGUGCCACACUGGGCCAGGGUCGUCAUCCUGAAAUAUAUGUCCAGGGUCUUGUGUGUCUAUGAUGUGGGUGAGAGCUGUCUUAGCCCCCGCCACGACAGGGAGCAAACCCACCUCACAAAGGCUUAUGGCAAACUUCCAGAGCCAAAUCUGCAAACAGACAGAAACAAAGGACUUCCCAGAAAGAAGGAAAUAAACAAACUGGUAAAGAAUGACUUGGGGUGGCAUGGUGAGAACCCACAGGAUGCUGACAGUUAUUGUGCACAGUACAAGGGGCUGAUGAGGAAUAUUGAGUACAUUGCCAAGUGCCUCAAACACCACAAGGCCACCAAUUCCAAGGGGAGCGAGUGGAAGAAGGUUGCAAAGGUCAUAGACCGAUUCUUUAUGUGGGUUUUUUUCAUUAUGGUGUUCGUGAUGACUGUUUUGAUCAUUGUAGGAGCAGAUUAGUGGGCAUUUGGUGUGUGGAGACAAAUCAAUAAAAUUCCCUGUGAUCUACUCUAA